AAACCCCACAACCAUCAUCAAGUAAGUCUAGCUGAUAUUCUAAAUACUCAAGAAUGGAGGUGAUCGCCGUCCUCUGAGCUCCGUACUAUGACCGCGCGGGCUAAACUAGAAAACAUGCUCGGUUUUGUGCAACGGCGUCUGUCUCCAUGUCUUCCCCUCACUUCCCUUCCUUCGACUUUUUACUAUAUUGAACCAGUUCCUUUUUGGAAGGCACUCCAGUUUAAUAUGACAGUGACGAAACAUCAAAUCACGACUACCAUAACCCAGCCUUUCCAGACCUUUUAACUUUACCGUUCUUGAUUUUUUUAUUGGGUUGAUCCCUGUCCACAAGCCGCCAGCUCGUCAAGGCUUCCAGACUCACUUCUUACUCAAAUCAUGAUAACAAAACUCACCCGGCGUGUCCUACCCGUCAUAACCGGCCUCAUCCUCACCUACAUCCUCUUCCCCAGCCUUUACUACUACGGUGAUUACGUCCGCCAAACAAAUCCCUUCUCCGGCCAGCGCUCCAUCGAACAAGCCUUCACACCUACCAACUCCGAGCUCGCCUGUCUCCGUGGUGGUGGUGGUGGUGGUGGCGGCGGCGGCGGCCAUGGCUCCUUUCCCGGAUCUGGGUCCGGGAGCAACAGUAACAAGGAAAACGAAACUGGCCACCCAUCCCACUUCUCACGAGAAGCCUCAAUCCCCAACAUAGUCCACUUCAUCUACGGUCUCGCAAAUCCGCAGUCUCACCCCUCAGCCGGGCACUUCGACUUCCUGUCCUACCUCGCAGUACGCGCCGCUCUGGUUUCUCUGCAGCCGACCAUCCUAAACUUGCACUAUACGUACCUCUCUUCUCCCCCGUCUCCUGAUCCGGGCGCCGAUCCGCUCUCUAACCCCUGGAUCCGGAGGCUGGCGCAGAAGUGGCCGGACAAGUUUAGGCUGGUCCACCACCCGCCACCACCUGAAGAGGAAGGAGCAGGUGGUAGCAAGACAAGCAAAACGCAGUAUGCUCAUCUGUCUGACACUUUGAGGCUGCAAAUCCUGUUGGAACAUGGGGGGAUUUAUCUGGAUAUAGACGUCUUUGCUUUUCGCUCCUUUUCCCCCUUGUUAUUAUCCCCAGGAGGAGGAGGUGGUGGUGGUCGCCAUUGGGACACAUUGCUAGGCUACGAAGGUGGCAGCCGCUGGGGUCUAUGCAACGCUGUUAUUGUCGCUCGGCCCAACGCGACGUUUAUCCGGCGAUGGCUGGACACCUACGAGAACGUGGAUCUGGAGAAGGAGGCGUGGAAUUAUCGGAGUGUCUUGUUGCCCAAGGAACUUGCUGAGCAAGGAGGAAACGACGAAAGCGGUGACGAUGUGGUACUAGGUAAAGAAGAGGCAAGGGGAAAAGAUGGGAUAGAUGCAGCAAAGGGAGAUGUCUGCGCCCUACCUCCUGAUGCCUUCUUCUGGCCCACUUGGACAUGGAGACACAUCGAGUGGAUGCAUACCCCGUUGAAGACGAAGAAGGAAAAGGACUUUUGGGAGGGACAGAUCGCCAAGAAUGGAGGAGGAUUGUUUGAGAAUCAGAUGGCGUACCAUGCUUGGGGGCAGAUGGCCUGGGAUAGAUAUUUGAAGUGGUUGACGCCCGAGGUGAUUAGGACGAAGGACACGAGGUUUAAUUUGUUGGUGAGAAGGUUCUUGGAGGAUGACUUGUAGAUGGGGGAGUGCGGUCGGAAAGAGGAAAUAGAGUUGUAAUGGGCGACCCCUGGGUAUCCUAAGGUUCCGGUUUGGAGGGGUAUGGUGCGGUUAACACUUUAUUCAGCGUUCG